AGAGACAGAGAGGUCUGAGACAGGAGAGGGAAUAUUCGCAACCUUCAUCUUUGAGUUGUUGAAGAAUUAUUUCCGAUCUUCUGCAAAAAUUCACAGAGAUAAUCAAGAGUACUCAUUCUCUUCUCUCCGAUCUGAGUUACUGGAGUUUCAGUCUUCCACCUCUGCUCACCGGUAAUCCUUUCGGAUGAGAUAGGGAAGGAGAUCGAUCUUCAAAUUCAUCAAUGGCAGCGCCAGUUAAUAUCAUUGUAGGUUCUCAUGUAUGGGUUGAAGAUCCGGUGUUGGCCUGGGUUGAUGGAGAAGUUUUACGGAUUGAUGGUCAAAAUAUUCAUAUUCAGACUACUAAUGGGAAAAAGGUUGUCGCUGAUGUAUCCAAAGUGUUUUCCAAGGAUUCUGAAGCUCCACCCGGAGGAGUAGAUGACAUGACAAAACUUUCAUAUUUGCAUGAGCCUGGUGUUCUGCAAAACUUGGCCACUAGAUAUGAACUUAAUGAAAUUUAUACAUACACAGGGAAUAUCCUUAUUGCAAUAAAUCCAUUUCAAAGAUUACCUCAUCUGUAUGAUACCCAUAUGAUGGAACAAUAUAAAGGAGCAGCUUUUGGGGAGUUGAGUCCUCACGUUUUUGCUAUUGCAGAUGUUGCAUUCAGGGCAAUGAUCAAUGAAGGGAAGAGCAACUCCAUUUUAGUCAGUGGAGAAAGUGGUGCUGGUAAAACUGAGACCACAAAAAUGCUGAUGAGAUAUCUUGCAUACUUGGGUGGGCGAUCUGGAACAGAAGGACGAACAGUUGAACAACAAGUUCUAGAAUCAAACCCAGUUCUUGAAGCUUUCGGCAAUGCCAAAACUGUUCGGAACAACAACUCAAGUCGUUUUGGUAAAUUUGUUGAGAUCCAAUUUGACAAGAGUGGGAGAAUAUCAGGGGCAGCUGUUAGAACAUACCUUCUUGAAAGGUCUCGGGUUUGCCAAGUAUCAGAUCCUGAGAGAAACUACCAUUGCUUUUACCUUCUUUGUGCAGCACCCCCUGAGGACAUUGCGAAAUAUAAGUUGGGAAAUCCUAAAUCAUUCCAUUACCUAAACCAAUCCAAUUGCUAUGAGCUUGAUGGAGUAAAUGAUACUCAUGAAUAUCUUGCAACUAGGAGGGCGAUGGAUAUUGUCGGAAUUAGCGAGCAAGAGCAGGAGGCAAUUUUCAGGGUUGUAGCCGCAAUUCUUCAUCUUGGAAAUAUUGAUUUUGCAAAGGGAAAGGAGAUAGACUCCUCCGUUGUCAAGGAUGGAAAGUCUAGAUUUCAUCUUAAUAUGACAGCUGAGCUUCUAAUGUGCAAUGCCCAGGGUUUGGAAGAUGCACUGAUUAAACGUGCUAUGGUGACUCCAGAGGAAGUCAUAACAAGAACUCUCGAUCCUGUUGCUGCAAUAGUCAGCAGGGAUGGUUUAGCUAAAACAAUAUAUUCCCGCCUGUUUGAUUGGCUUGUGGAUAAAAUUAAUAUUUCAAUUGGGCAGGAUCCAAACUCAAAGUCAAUAAUUGGAGUUCUUGACAUUUAUGGUUUUGAAAGUUUUAAGUGCAAUAGUUUUGAGCAGUUCUGCAUCAAUUAUACAAAUGAGAAGCUGCAACAACAUUUCAACCAGCAUGUCUUUAAAAUGGAACAAGAGGAUUAUACCAAAGAAGAAAUCAAUUGGAGCUAUAUAGAAUUUGUCGAUAACCAAGAUGUUCUGGAUCUGAUUGAGAAGAAACCUGGAGGAAUAAUUUCACUUCUUGAUGAGGCCUGCAUGUUCCCCAAGUCUACACAUGAAACAUUUGCCCAGAAAUUGUACACCACAUUUAAAAACAAUAAGCGCUUCAUAAAACCAAAGCUUUCUCGUACUGAUUUUACAGUAUCUCACUAUGCAGGAGAGGUAACAUAUCAAGCCGAUCAGUUCCUGGACAAGAACAAAGAUUAUGUCGUGGCAGAACAUCAAGAAUUAUUGACUGCCUCGAAGUGCUCCUUUGUGGCUGGGUUGUUUCCCCCACUUCCAGAGGAGUCAUCAAAGUCAUCCAAAUUCUCUUCCAUUGGGGCACGCUUCAAGCUGCAACUUCAAUCUUUGAUGGAAACCUUGAGUUCGACAGAACCUCACUACAUCAGAUGUGUGAAACCGAACAAUGUCCUCAAACCUGCUAUUUUUGAGAACUUAAAUGUUAUCAAUCAAUUACGCUGUGGUGGUGUUCUUGAGGCAAUUAGGAUCAGCUGUGCUGGAUAUCCCACUAGACGAACAUUCUAUGAGUUUCUUAACCGUUUUGGUGUUCUUGCUCCUGAAGUUCUGGAGGGAAACAAUGAAGACAAGGUUGCAUGCCAAAUGAUUCUGGAUAAAAUUGGAUUGAAGGGUUAUCAGAUAGGCAAGACAAAGGUCUUCCUGAGAGCUGGUCAGAUGGCUGAGUUGGAUGCACGAAGAACAGAGGUUCUUGGCAAUGCAGCUAGAACCAUUCAAAGACAAAUCCGUACUCACAUUGCUCGCAAAGAAUUCGCCACAUUGCGCAAAGCUGCAAUUCAGUUGCAAUCCUGUUUGAGAGGUAAACUGGCACGCAAAAUGUAUGAGUACUUACGACGGGAAGCAGCUGCUGUGAAGAUACAGAAGAUCUUCCGUCGAUAUGUUGCAAGGAAAUCUUACAUAGCACUGCAGAUGUCUGCAACCACAUUGCAGACCAGUUUGAGGGCAAUGGCUGCUCGCAAUGAAUUCAGGUUCAGAAAGCAAACAAAGGCUGCAAUCAUUAUCCAGGCUCAUUGGCGUUGCUACAGGGAAUUUUCAUACUAUAUGAGGCUUCAGAAGGCAAUACUCGUUUCUCAGUGUGGUUGGAGACGAAGAGUAGCUAGGAAAGAGCUCAGACAGCUCAAAAUGGCUGCAAGAGAAACAGGGGCGCUUAAAGAAAUGAAAGACAAACUAGAAAAGAAGGUAGAGGAGCUUACAUGGCGUUUGCAGCUUGAGAAAAGAUUAAGGACUGAUCUGGAAGAGGCAAAAGCCCAAGAAAUUUCCAAGUUACAGGAUGCUUUGAAUGCAGUGCAACUACAAGUAGAAGAAGCAAAUGCAAGGGUUAUAAGAGAACGAGAGGCAGCUCAGAAAGCCAUCAAAGAAGCACCGCCAGUGAUAAAGGAAACCCCUGUCUUAGUUCAAGAUACAGCAAAGAUUGAUGCAUUAACUGCUGAAGUUGAGAAUCUGAAGGCUUUGCUGCAAUCAGAAAGACAGACAGCAGAAGAAACCAAGAAAGCUUAUGCUGAUUCUCAGGCUAAAAGUGGGGAGCUGAGCAAAAAGCUUGAUGAUGCGGAGCACAAAGUGGAUCAACUUCAAGAUUCAGUACAGAGGCUUGAAGAGAAACUGUCCAAUAUAGAAUCAGAAAAUCAAGUACUUCGUCAGCAAGCAUUGGCGAUUUCACCCACCGGUAAAGCUUUAUCUGCACGGCAGAAGACAACAAUUCUUCAGAGAACUCCAGACAAUGGGAAUAUUCUGAAUGGAGAAACAAAGGUGGCAUCGGAUUUAAGUCUGGUUGUAUCUACUCCACGGGAGCCUGAAACCGAGGAAAGGCCCCAAAAAUCACUCAAUGAGAAACAACAGGAGAACCAAGACCUGCUGAUAAAAUGUAUUUCUCAAGACCUUGGGUUCUCUGGUGGUAGACCUGUUUCUGCUUGUAUCAUUUAUAAAUGCCUUCUUCACUGGAGGUCAUUUGAAGUUGAAAGAACAACUGUCUUCGACCGUAUUAUUCAAACGAUAGGCGCAGCUAUUGAGGUCCAGGAUAAUAAUGAUGUUCUAGCCUAUUGGUUGUCUAAUUCAUCCACAUUAUUGUUGCUUCUCCAACGUACCCUGAAAGCAAGUGGUGCAGCUAGCUUGACCCCUCAAAGGCGAAGAUCUGCUUCUCUGUUUGGGAGGAUGUCUCAAGGACUUAGAGCAUCUCCACAAAGUGCUGGGCUCUCAUUUCUUAAUGGUCGGAUGCUGGGUGGACUGGAUGAUUUGCGACAAGUUGAAGCCAAAUAUCCAGCAUUACUGUUCAAGCAACAACUUACAGCGUUCCUUGAGAAGAUAUAUGGAAUGAUGAGAGAUAAUCUGAAGAAAGAGAUCUCUCCAUUGCUUGGAUUGUGUAUUCAGGCACCUAGGACAUCCAGGGCAAGUUUAGUAAAAGGGCGUUCGCAAGCAAAUGCUGUUGCUCAACAAGCAUUAAUUGCUCACUGGCAAAGCAUUGUGAAAAGUUUGAACAGUUACUUGAAUAUUAUGAAAGCCAACUUUGUUCCCCCCUUCUUAGUGCGCAAGGUGUUCACUCAGAUAUUCUCUUUCAUCAACGUUCAGCUAUUCAACAGCCUCCUUUUACGGCGUGAGUGUUGUUCAUUCAGCAAUGGAGAGUUUGUAAAAGCAGGGUUGGCUGAGUUAGAGCAGUGGUGCGAUGAUGCUACUGAAGAGUAUGCUGGUUCAGCUUGGGAUGAAUUGAAGCAUAUCAGACAGGCAGUUGGAUUCCUGGUCAUACAUCAAAAGCCUAAGAAAACUUUGAAAGAAAUAACCAAUGACCUCUGCCCAGUGCUCAGCAUACAACAGCUAUACAGGAUCAGUACCAUGUACUGGGAUGACAAAUAUGGCACACACAGUGUAUCUUCAGACGUUAUUUCGAGUAUGAGAGUUCUUAUGACUGAAGAUUCCAACAAUGCUGUCAGCAGUUCGUUCUUGUUAGAUGAUGACUCAAGCAUACCAUUCACUGUAGAUGACAUCUCCAAGUCCAUGCAGCAGAUAGAGAUAGCUGAUAUUGAUCCUCCACCUAUAAUUCGUGAGAACUCUGGAUUUAUGUUUUUAUUGCAACGGUCAGAGUGAUCCUCAUGACAAUGGUGGCCAUCUCCCAACUCCUCCCGACCACACUCUGCAUUCCUACGACCCACCGCUGCAACCUGUGCAUAUAUGUCAUUGCUCUUUGUCUCCAUGUGUAUUAUAUACCAUUCAUUCCUCAGGCAUUUGUUCUGUGUCCAGAUUGAUUCAUUUUUCCCCCCUAUUUUACCUUUGAUUAAAUGGGCUAUUGGUUUAGAGGUCAUAGUGCUUCGAAUUGUGAUAUUGUGUGAUUUCAGAAACAUACGCGGGGUUCCAGCAACUUCUGGUCACACCUGCUUAGGCUUCUUUUUGUACUUUGUUGUUUGUUGGGGUUUUCUCUAUCUUAGCAGUUUGCAUGUAAUUUGUUUCAGCAGCCGCAUUUUUAGGCCAUUAUUUGUUGUAUUUAGAAGCUAUUUUUAUGAAAGGUGAUGUAUUAUUUCAUAUGAUUUUCA